GGAACGGCGGCGCCGCAGCCGCGUUUCCGAGGGGAGCGCCCGGCCGCGCGGUGCGGCGCCGCUUCCCGUCCCCCCGCGGAAGAUGGCGGCGCCCAGCCCGCUGCUGGCCUGGUGCGUCCAGCACCUGCGCGGCGACUUCGGGCUGGACGUGGGCGAGGAGGUCGUGCGCUACAUCUUGUCAAUAACAAACGAGGACGAGAUCCGGGAGUACGUCGUCGACCUCCUCCAGGGGACCGAGGGGAAGAAGAGUCGGUUUGUAGAAGAACUGCUGUCCAGGUGGCGGAAAUCCUCGCAGCUGCCUUCGGAGCCCUUAGCAGCGUAUCGGAAAAAGGAUGAGACUUCAGAAGUGCCUCGGGCUGGAGACCAGGCGAAAAAGGGGAAACGCAAAGGCAGGAACAAACAGGAAACGCCUGCGUAUGUGGAGCCAAGCACACAUGUGGAGCAAGUAAAAACUCCCCUCGACCUGGCCAAGGCACAGGAAAACAGCACUGGAGUCAGCAGCAGCAACAAUUCCUGUAAGAAGAAGGCCAAAUAUGUCAGCCUGUAUACCAAGGAAGGGCAAGACAGGCUGGCUGUCCUGAUCCCCGGCCGUCACUCCUGCGAGUGCCUGGGCCAGAAGCACAAGCUCAUCAACAACUGCUUGGUUUGCGGGCGCAUUGUCUGUGAGCAGGAGGGCUCCGGGCCCUGCUUGUUUUGUGGCUCACUGGUAUGCACUAAAGAAGAGCAGGACAUUCUUCAGCGGGACUCAAACAAGAGCCAGAAGCUGCUGAAGAAGCUCAUGGCAGGUGCUGAAAGUUCAGGGAAUUUGGAUGCUAUAAGCAAAGACUUACUGCCUCGGCAAGAAGCUAGACUCAAAGCAGGCCUGGAGAUGGCUGUGAAACACAAAGACAAGCUGUUGGAAUUUGACAGGACAAGUGUGCGUCGAACCCAGGUCAUUGACGAUGAAUCGGAUUAUUUUGCUACGGACUCGAACCAGUGGCUCUCCAAGCAAGAAAGGGAGGCCCUCCAAAAGAGAGAGCAGGAGCUGCGGGAGCUGCGCCAUGCCUCACGGCUUGCCAGAAAAAUCACCAUCGACUUUGCUGGUAGACAGAUCCUGGAGGAGGACAGCGGUAUGGCUGAAUACCACAGCAGACUGGAUGAAACCAUUGAAGCCAUUAAUUGCGGCACACUGAGCAAGCCAGCCGGGAGCCCAGAAGCAAAAAUGACUCCGAGUUCUGGUGUUUUAGUGAAUCCCCAUCUUCUUCAGCCUGCUCCUUUGUGGGUGGACCAAACUGGUUUGCUCCCACACAGGAGGGCCAUCCGGUCCAUGGAUGCUGGAGACGAACUUGGCUCGGAGCGGAACAGGUUGCGGAUUCAGGAUCGAGAGUUACAGGAGAUCUCAGAUGAUGGCUGGUGCCUCAGCAUGCACCAGCCUUGGGCGUCCUUGCUCACGAGAGGAAUCAAAAGGGUGGAGGGCAGGACCUGGUACACAUCUCAUAGGGGGCGGUUAUGGAUUGCAGCUACUGCUAAAAGACCUUCCCCUCAGGAGAUCUCUGAACUGGAGGCCACCUACAGAAUGCUGCUUCGGAAAGAUGUGGAAUUUCCAAGCGAUUAUCCCUCGGGGUGCCUCCUAGGCUGUGUGGACGUAACUGAUUGUUUAUCACAAGAGCAAUUUAAUGAGCAGUAUCCGGAUUUGAGCCAGGAGUCUGGGUCUCCAUUUGUCUUUAUCUGCACUAAUCCCCAGGAGAUGGUUGUGAAGUUUCCCAUCAAAGGAAAACCCAAAAUCUAUGUUGUUUCCUUCUAAAUACAUGCCUCUUCCUGCCCCUGCCAGCACUCGGAAUCAGAGUGCUCACGUGCUCUGCGGAAACGCGUGUCUGCAGCUGAUCUGCGUCUGGCACGAGCGCUCAGAGCCCGGGUCAGGAUGCGAGGCAGAAGCCUCCCUUUAUCCUCACAAGAGGAGGGGGGCGUGACGAUGCUCAGCCCCGUGCUGGCUGCUCGCCUUCCUUUCAGAGCCGCCUGUGAGGAGGUGAGGGCCGGGCUGAGGCGGCGAGGGCUGCGGGUCCAGAUGGAUGCGCUGCCCCAGCCCAGCCGCGGGCCGGCGGGCCGGGAUGUCCUGGCAGAGCUCGCGGGGAAGCGCCACAGCAUCUGUCCGCGCUCUGCUUGCCAGUGUUGUUAGUCCCUUUUAUGAGCCACCAGCCCUCCGCAGGCUGCCAGUUAGUCCUGCCCGCUGCUGUAAAAAGAAUGGAGGAGGGAGGCAGCAGCUGGGGAGUCUGCAGUCAGCUCCAUCCUUAUUAGCAGCUUCCCCACCACACAGCCUGGGGAAGGCACCGUACAUGCUUUCAGGGGAUGUGAAAAAUUAAUUUGACAGGCUAAAAGCAGCAUAAGCAGAAAUAGUCUUGGCUGUUUGUUUAGCAGAGCUGAUGGCUGGGUUUUCUUUCUCAUUUGCAGCGUGGUUCUCAGGGAGUAGUUAUCUAGUGGCGCAGGAGCGGCAGGAUUUCUCAGGACUGGUUAAUAAGGCCUUUUGAAGCACAGUGUGGGUUUUUGUGUUGUUUUUGAGGUGUUUUUUUCCCCUUCUCCACUCACAGGAGCACCGUUCUCCCACGGCUUCGAUCUCUCCCUGGGCGUUGGGCGUGCACUUUCCCUGCAGUGGUACCGAGCAGGUGGAAGGGCAAAACGGUUUGGUUUAUUCCCUGGCUUUUGUAGCAACAUCUGGGAGGUGCAUUCAGCCGAUGGCAACAAACAAUGCUCGGUGAUCUGCAGCUGCAGAGCUCAUGUGAGGGCUUGGAUCUUGCUAGCGGCACUGUCCUCCCCCGGGGACAGGUCUUUUCCAGCGCGCCGUGAGCAGUCAGGGCUGUGCUGAGUUAUUUGGGAUGUAAAUGUCUUUGCUGCGGUACAACAGCCUCAUUGCUGGAGCAGCUGCUGCGUCCUUCGUUUGAUUUUCAUUUUUUUUUUCAGCUUCUCUCCACUCUCAUUCAGGCUCUGGCCACCGUGCCCCUUCCCCUUCACAUCUGCCUCCGUGGAGCUGGCUGCCGUGGCUGAAGGGGAAGCGGCUGCAUCGUGCGAGCGCGGGGCUGGCUGACUCCUGCACGUCUGCCUCCCUGGGUACGGGCGCUGCCUGCCCCCCGUCUGUCACAUCGUCUCCUUUGUGUUGUGACAGUUUCCUGCUUGGAGCAGGAUCAGCCUAACAGCCUGGAAGGAAGCCGGCUGCGCUCGCGGCUGCCCGUGUGGCCCGCUCCCGCUGCUGGCCGUGCCUCCCCUGCCCUCUUCCCGACAGGAUCUGUCACCAGAGCGCGGGAGCUGCGGCGCAGAGGUCGUGGAGCUGCACGUCCCCCUCCGGGGGAGACACA